AUGCUCGCCUUGCUGCCGCUGUUGCUGCUGCUGCUUGCCGUCGUCGCGCUUGCCAACGUCGAAAAGUCCGUCUUUGUUGCGCCCGCUGCCCUUGCCCUGCCCCAUGAGCUGCCCCCUCUGAGCAGGCUGUCGCCUGCCAAGCACAUCACCACCCGUCUGCCCGUCGCCUUUGCUUCGACAGACGCCCCGCGUGGCCGCGGCUCCUGGUACCUGCUCGACGACCUGCGUGGCGGCCAGAGGUACGAGGUCCGCGUCUGCUGGCCGGCCACGCAGCCCACGGCUUUCUGGCUCGACACCUAUUCUAUAGCCACCGUGUUUGAAACCCCAGAGCUCAUCUCGGCCCUGGACAGCUACUCCGAGGCUCGUCGCCCCGACAUUGCUUCCGAGGAACAGCCUGCGGCCCCGCCGUCUUCGUUGCUGUUCCUGCAAGUCCAGGCUGCAGCCGACUUCUAUAGCACAAACGAAACGCUGAUGAAAGCCCCGCCAGACGUCCCAAUCGAUAUCAGUGACACGCUGAUGCUUGCACCAGUCUUGGAUCCUUACAUCUUGAACAUUCUACCACGCUCUCUGGCGCCUACGGCCGCCUACAUCACCAGUCUCGCAAUUGCAGCGUGGUUCUUAUCGUCGUUCGUGUGUCGCUGGGUAUCCCGCCUCGAGCAACCAAAAGCACACGCUGAUUGA